CAUAUGAGGGAGAGUUGGUGUGUUUGCCAUUUUCUGUUGCGGUUGAAGGCUGCUCAGAGGCGGGUUCACUAUAUUCAGCAAGAUAAAAAUGCAGUUUAGAUAGACUAGGCCGAAUGCUUUCCGUUUAAAGUAACCCUGCCAAGAAUCUGUCUGUAAAGUUAACAGUUCUUUUCUCUCAAAGUAGAAGCCCUCCUCUAAUUGAUCGAUUUAGUUUAUUCUGUCAGAUUUGCUCAGGAGCAACAACCUUGUGCUCCACCUCCUUUCUCCCCAGCAUACUCUCCAAAACGGAGCUUAUUAUAAAAGACAACAGUCUCAGCCUUAAUCAGACUUGUGAAGAAAGUGAAACGCUCCCCCCACCUCUCCUCCACCUGUCCCCAGCCCUGCCCUUCCUGACAUCCAGGACAGGCCACCUUCGGAGGGCUUCCAGAGUAAUCUUGCCUUCCCCUCCUCCUUGUCUCCAAUCAAAACAGCUGUCAUCUUAGGAUGUGAUGUGACAAACCACUUCAUACCUCUCCGGGGAAGCUCCAUACACAGGGCAGGUGGACGGACCAGAGAGAGCCUUAGUCCUGAGAAGUGAAUUUCUAGUGCUUCCAAUGCAAGCAUGUCAGCGUCAGGGGCUGGAGGACGUACUGCUGGUCAAGGGAGGUAUUUUCGGGCAGGUGAUUUUUGGCCCCUGAGCAUCGGAUACAUAGACAAUGCCGUAGAAGUUUGGCUGGCCCCAUGGAACUGUCAGGAGAGAGGGGAAUCCCUCUUUUCCCCUUCACCCCCACAUGGGGGGCAUGGGUCUUCCCCUGCCUGGGUCACCAAGUUGAGACCCCAGCAGGUUGCCUGACUCCUUGUUAAGGGGGAAGAGUGCUCCUUCCUGCCCUCUUCUGACAAAACAGAAUAGCAAUCAUUAGGGUUCUUUUAGAAAAUAUUCUUUAUGACUGUUAGUAACAAAGAUAAUGAAGAUUAGUAAUUUAAUAAUUUUUCUUUAAAAUAAAUCAUUUGGUGCAAUUUCUUUGGAGUUGCAAUAGCUAAUAGAAGAUUCAGGUGAAGAUGAUCCGCUUGCUUUGUUCUAACGGUCUGUUUUAUUACAGUCUGUUUCCUGACCGUCUGUGUUCUCCCGGGUCUCCUGUUCUUACUGGAUUGUUCGUUUUCAGUCUCAAUCCAGAUGAAGGGUUUGGGAGACUACAAAUGAAUUUGGACGCUAGAUGUGAGCCCGUCGCAGCACUGGAAGAUGAUUGUAGUGCUGGUCAAGGGUUGGAGGGCUUUCCUGAGACGAGGAACUACAGAAGGGAUGUCUAAAGGAGUUUGCUGAGAUAUUUAGUAAAUACGAAUGAGUAGUCACUAGUGGCAGAGCCCUUUAAGGGCAGGCAGAGCUAGAAAACACAGAACCCGAGCCCUCAGGGAGCUCACAGUCUAGUAGAAGAGAAGACUCGAGUCCCACAAUCAUAGGCUCACACAGGGCAUGGUAAGAGGCAGUGGCUCCAUGUGGACGGUGUGCUUGCGAUGACCAUGGAGGUGCCAUUCCGGUAAGGGCCAUGCCCCCCACGACCAACCAGGAAAGAAGACAAGGUUGCCUGGGCAGCCAAGGGUUAGGGGGAGAGUUUCAGGGCCUCUGAUUCGGUGUUCCUGCUUCUUCCCUCUGUCUUCAUGGCCUUCUAGCCAUUCUUCCCGCCUUCCUGUCCUGCACACAACCGCCAGCCACUCUGCCUGAAACGUGCUCGGCAGGAAUCCUUGACCCGUCCCCACUGCCUGCAAAAAACAGUCCUGACCCGGUGGCUCAAUGUUCAGGGGCCCACACACUCAUCAAUCCGUCCUCAUCCCAGAGACACUUUGCAGAGUUCCUUCCACAGGAAGUGUCCUUCCUUCAUCUUUAAUUAUUGAUGUGGGACCGCAUUCGUCACAUUUUAGUUCCAGGGUCACCUCAGUAAAGCCGCCUCUGUUCCAGUGCUCUUUUCCCACGGGCCACUUUCCACCUGUCCUGUGUUCUCACACUACUUCAUACCGCUGAGUGAUUCGGGGCGGUUUUCGUAUUCUGUUCUCCCUGCACUGGGUCUCCAACAGCCGUGUAUUGCUGACAGCAUCUGGCAUGCUGUCUUGUACACAGGCACUCAAAAGAUACUUUCUGGAUGAAUCAGGAGUAGACAGUUCUGUGUUGCAGUGAAGUGAGAGGUUAGAGAGAGACGCGUCCAGGAACUCUGGUGAGGCCUUUCUGGAGCCGGUGGCCCUUGGCUGGACCUCACCGGUGACUGUUCAGAUCUAGGCAAGUGUAGGGGGACAUAGGGCCUCCUGGGCAGAGGAGUGGCCUGAGCAAAGACAGAGGGGUAGAAAAGAGCACCUGUGGUGAGGGACUAUUUGAUUAUGCAUUUUUUUUUUCCUGCAAGGAAAGAGAAUGAAUGCUCUUUUUUGGAGUUUUCAGAGAAAGCAGUCGUUAUCGGUGUGGUGAUGAAGAGAGAACUUUUGGAAAAGGGGCAGGUUUGGGCCCUGCUCGUAGCAGAGAGAGAAUUCUUUGGGGCUGCAGGCUGUGCGUCCCCAGCUCCUCCGUCAGCCUGCAGCCUUGGACAAAAGAUGCAGGCAUGUUAUAAGAAAGGCACCUUGUGAAUAUGGUGCUGACAUUACCCAUCUGGCUGAACAAAGCCUUCCGAUGGCCUCAAACACAGAUUGGUGCAGACUCUCGAACCGAGAGGGGCCCGAAAGCUUUCUCUUUGCCAAGUUUUCCAUGUGUAUCAUUUUGAUUUUGUUGUCUUUGGGGCACUGUCCUGUUUUCCUCUGCGUCCCUCUACGGUGGCAUAACCAUCUUGAGACAAUCUGUUUCUGUGUCUGUCUCCCCGACCAAGGGCCAGGGACCGUGGAAUCAUCACAUGUAGCAGGAGCACAGCAUCUCCAGGAGAGAGGGGGGCUGGGAGAAGUGCCAAGAUAUUGUCCUGGAGAAAGUGCGUUCCUGUUCCCUUUGAGAACCUGGAUCACGUGCCUCCUCCAAGGCCUGGCACUGACCUGAUUGAUACCUGGUAGAUGGUGGAACGUCCGUUGUGAUGAGUGGCAGUGGCCAUGGAGCCCGUGAUCACUGUGGCAGCCCCUUACCCUAUGUCCCCUUUCUCUCCACAGCGGGAGCCCAGCAUUGACCUGCUGGAGGCCUUCGUGGAGCACUGGAAGGGCAUCACGCACUACUACAUUGAAAGUACAGAUGAAAACACCCCUGCCAAGAAAACGGAUAUUCCCUGGCGGCUGAAGCAGAUGCUGGACAUCCUGGUGUACGAGGAGAGGCAGCAGACGGCCGCUGGCGAGGCUGGGCCCUGUCUGGAAUACUUGCUGCAGCACAAAAUCCUGGAGACCCUGUGCACGCUGGGCAAGGCUGAGUACCCCCCAGGGAUGCGGCAGCAGGUAUUCCAGUUCUUCAGCAAGGUUCUGGCCCAGGUGCAGCACCCCCUCCUGCAUUACCUCAACGUCCACAGGCCUGUGCAGAAGCUUCUCCGACUUGGUGGGACAGCUCCUGGAUCCCAAACAGAAAAGGAGGAGGUACAGUUCACCACCGUCCUCUGCUCCAAGAUCCAACAGGACCCAGCCCUGCUCACCUACAUCCUGGAAGUGAGCACCUCUGGUAAAAAGAUUGUCAGUAGGAAGAAGUCCUCCAAAGAACCCACCACCCUGCCUAGAGAGGCAGCCAGCAUCCAAGACAAGGACCAGUCCCACAGCAAGGCUGCUGACGUGAGCGCCUGUGGAGCCCGGGCCUUGAGCGCACAGCUGCCUGCCGAGAUGGAGGAGCCAGACGGUCGGGCCGGGGAGAGCAACCUCAUCACCUCCCUGAUCGGGCUGUGCAAGAGCAAGAAAGGUCGGGUGGCUCUGAAGGCUCAGGAGAACCUGCUGCUCCUGGUAAGUGUGGCUUCGCCUGCAGCCGCCGCCUACCUGGUGCAGAGCAGCCCUUGCUGCCCCGCUGUCGUCGAGCACCUCUGUCAGCUGUACCAGUCCGUGCCCACCUUCCUGGACCCAGCGGACAUUGCCACUUUGGAGGGCGUCAGCUGGAGGUUGCCCAGUGCCCCGUCUGAUGAGGCUUCCUUCCCUGGCAAGGAGGCCUUGGCUGCCUUUUUGGGCUGGUUUGAUUACUGUGACCACCUCAUCACAGAGGCACACACGGUGGUUGCAGACGCCUUGGCAGAGGCCGUGGCUGAGAAGUUAUUCGUGGAGAUUCUGCAGCCCCACCUCCUGCAUGUUUCUGAGCAGAGUGUCCUGACCUCCACCGCCUUGCUCACGGCCAUGCUGCGUCAGCUCCGCUCCCCUGCGCUGCUGCGAGAGGCUGUGGCUUUCCUCCUGGGCACAGACCCACGGCCUGCAGCCCCCGACGAUGGCCCCCGCACUCUGUGUGCCCACCUCAUCGGGCACUGCGACCACCUCUCUGACGAGAUCAGCAUCACCACCCUGCGGCUGUUCGAGGAGCUGCUCCAGAAGCCGCACGAGCAGGUCAUCCGUGGCCUGGUCCUGUGCAACCUGGAGGGCCGCCAUUAUGUGGCCCGGGGCUCACCGGAGCCCGAGAGCUACGAGGACACCUUAGAUCUGGAGGAAGACCCCUACUUCACAGACGGCUUCCUCAACUCCAGCUUUCAGCCCUCUGCAAAGCCUCCCCCAGCCCCCGCCACCAACUCAGACGGCAAAACAGCAGUGACUGAGAUCGUCAACAGUUUCCUCUGCUUGGUUCCUGAGGAAGCCAAGACCUCGGCUUUCCUAGAGGAGACUGGGUAUGACACGUAUGUCCACGAUGCUUACGGACUGUUCCAGGAGUGCAGCUCCCGAGUUGCCCCUUGGGGAUGGCCCCUGGGCCCCACACCCCUGGACCCCCAUGAGCCUGAACGGCCUUUCUUUGAGGGUCACUUCCUCCGAAUGCUGUUUGACCGCAUGUCCCGGAUUUUGGAACAGCCAUACAGCCUGAACCUGCAAGUGACCUCAGUCCUGUCCCGGCUUGCCCUCUUCCCCCACCCCCUUAUCCAUGAGUACCUCCUGGAUCCCUACAUUAACCUGGCCCCUGGCUGCAGGAGUCUGUUCUCCGUGCUCGUCAGGGUAAUCGGGGACUUGAUGCAGAGAAUUCAGAGGGUACCCCAGUUCCCGGGCAAACUGCUCCUGGUGCGCAAGCAGCUGAUGGGUCAGGUCCCUGGGGAGCAGCUGGACCACCAGACCCUCCUCCAGGGCGUGGUGGUUCUUGAGGAAUUCUGCAAGGAGCUGGCUGCCAUCGCUUUCGUCAAGUUCCCCCCACAUGGUCCUCACCUGCACCUCUCCCCUCCCCGAGAAGGGCACGUCUGAGCCAGGAGCAGGACAGGAGGAGGGACUUUUGCCCACACCUCUGCCCAAGAGCUGCCUCCCGCCUCCCAGGGUGGGGGCUUGGCUCCGUCUCCUCUACAUCCCAGGCGCCUGUGCCUCUCAGGAGGCCUGGGCUUCCGCUCCCAGGUGAACUCAAGAAGAUCCUGGCCCAUCAGCCAAGACACUGGGUUCAGGGAGUGGGUCUCCAAGAUACCAGAAGCCAAGGAGCAAAAGAGAUGGCCUCCCAGACAGCAUGGUGUCCUCGGGGCCUUCUCAGGGGAGCUGGGUAAUUGCCAGGUGAGCACCCAGACCCCAACCCUCAUGCAUUCUGUGCCUGUCACCCGAGUCUAUGGGCCAUUCGUGGCCAGGGCCAAGACCUGUGGCUCAGUUCCAGGGGCACAGAGGGGAGUGAGUGACGGUUCUGAGGCUGGUCAGGACCGCAGGCCAGAGAGAUGGGGGUCCAGGAGCCCUGUCUCUGUCACGCUAGGUACCACAGACACUGCUGAGACUUGACAUUUUUUCUCCUGCCUUCUUGGCUUAAUCCAUGGCGAAGGGGCAGUGGAUGGCAGGGGAAGCCCACUCUUCCUGCCCAGCCCUCCUGGAGACUGUUGCAAAAUUCCCAACCGCCUCAUGGCUAAUAUCCAAGGCAUGCUCCGCGCCCAGGCGGGGGCAGCUGCUAAUGAGAGCCUUGGUGCAACUGCAGCCAGGGCGGGAGAGGGCCUGGGAAGUGGGGGGCUGGGUGCCAGGCUCCGGCUCCAGCUGGUUUCUCUCUGGCGCCUCUGAACCCGUCUCGGCAGGUCCUCCACACCUGGGCAGAGGGGCGCAGAGACCGGGGGAGGCCAGGCCUGGCCCUCAACAUUCCACCCAGCCUGCAGUGUUCUUGAUGGAAUACUCUUCCAGGGGAGUCAGGGAGCCUGGGACAGACGAGGCCAGGAUGCCCAGCUGAGCCCAGGCCCCCGAGGCCCGGCGGGGAGGUACUGGGGCGCAGGCAGCCAGUGGCAGUGUUGUUCUCCCUGCAUGCCCUUCACGGCUGGGGCUGCCACCCCACCCGGCCCGAAUCUGUCUCGACCUGCAGGAACACACAGGCGGCGCCAGGCAUUACCUCACAGCAGGACUGCAGUUGCUGGCUUCGCUCCUGGGCAAGGAGGAGCAGGCCAGGGCCCCUUUUGCUUCCUUUUCCUGCCUAUGCCGCUUGUAGAGAAGCCGGCCGCAGGUUGCCAGGAGGUGACAUGGAAGAGGAGGAACUCUGUGACCUCUCCCUCUCCUGCAUUCCUCCGAGGUGGGGAGGAUGUAACCGCUGCUCUGAAGGACACCGUGCAUGUGUGUGCACGCGUGUGUGGGCACGUGGGUGUUGGCGUGGGACAGGAGAACAGAGCUCACAGGGCAAAUUGGGUCUGAACUCUUCAAGUCAGGAAACGUUUGAGCGUCCGGGAGUCACAGACACUCCCCUCCUCCAUCCCCUUCAGCAUUCGCACUGUGUCCCCCCCAGGCAACAUAGCAAUAAAUGGUUUCAUGGCGUGGA